CCUGCUCAGUGACUAAGCUGUCGGCGAAGCUGGUGUGGGAAAAAUGGAAGCAAUGGCGCCGUUUUGGGCUGGAGGUCCCGCUCCCGGAGCGCUUUAUUCGCCGCCUUGUCCGAGCAACGAAUCCGGGACCUUGCCUGGGGGGGUCACCAGGACUCUGAGCCCCAUGGUGACGGGCACCUCUGUCCUGGGGCUGAGGUUUGACGGUGGCGUCAUCAUUGCGGCAGACAUGCUGGGCUCCUACGGAUCGCUGGCCCGAUUCCGCAACAUUUCCAGGCUCAUGAAGGUGAACGACAGCACCGUGUUAGGGGCAUCUGGUGACUAUGCCGAUUUCCAGUACCUCAAACGAGUCGUCGAACAGAUGGUGAUCGACGAGGAACUCUUGGGAGACGGACACAGCUACAGCCCGAAGGCCAUCCACUCCUGGCUCACCCGAGCGAUGUACAGCCGCCGGUCCAAGAUGAACCCCCUCUGGAACACUGUUGUGAUUGGCGGCUAUGCAAACGGAGAAGGUUUCUUAGGUUACGUUGACAUGCUUGGUGUGGCUUAUGAAGCGCCUUCUCUCGCCACAGGAUAUGGCUCAUACGUGGCACAGCCACUGAUAAGGGAUGCCCUGGAAAAGAAACCCCUCCUUUCUAGGCAGGAGGCACGAGACCUUAUUGAGCGUUGCAUGAAAAUCCUCUACUACAGGGACGCCCGUUCAUUUAAUAGGUAUGAGCUCACAACAGUUACAGAGAAGGGUGUGGAAAUCGAAGGUCCCAUCACUUCAGAGACCAGCUGGGAAAUCGCACAUCUUGUCAGUGGUUUUGAAUGAAACUGAAAAGCCCAUGGACCUGCUUUGGUUUGGUUUGAAUAUAAUCCCAAAUCAUUUGUUAAAACUAGUUAAGCUUCACAAGACCUCGUACUCUUUUUGUAAAUCACAAUAAAAGUGCUUUGAGACGCUUA